CCGCCGCUGCCGCUGCCGCCGCUACUACUGCCGCCGCCGCUGCCGCCGUCGCCGUCGGGGCUUGUUAUUUCUAAAAUGGCGCCCCUAGACUUGGACAAGUAUGUGGAGAUAGCGCGGCUGUGCAAGUACCUCCCGGAGAACGACCUGAAGCGGCUAUGUGACUAUGUUUGUGACCUCCUCUUAGAAGAGUCAAAUGUCCAGCCAGUAUCAACACCAGUAACAGUGUGUGGAGACAUACACGGACAGUUUUAUGACCUUUGUGAGCUAUUCAGAACUGGAGGUCAGGUUCCUGACACAAACUACAUAUUUAUGGGUGAUUUUGUAGACAGAGGCUACUAUAGUUUGGAGACCUUCACUUACCUUCUUGCACUAAAGGCUAAAUGGCCUGAUCGUAUUACACUUUUGCGAGGAAAUCAUGAGAGUAGACAGAUAACACAGGUGUAUGGAUUUUAUGAUGAGUGCCAAACCAAAUAUGGAAAUGCUAAUGCCUGGAGAUAUUGUACCAAAGUUUUCGACAUGCUCACAGUAGCAGCUUUAAUAGAUGAGCAGAUUUUGUGUGUUCAUGGUGGUUUAUCUCCUGAUAUCAAAACACUGGAUCAAAUUCGAACCAUUGAACGGAAUCAGGAAAUUCCUCAUAAAGGAGCAUUUUGUGAUCUGGUUUGGUCAGAUCCUGAAGAUGUGGAUACUUGGGCAAUCAGUCCCCGAGGAGCAGGUUGGCUUUUUGGCGCAAAGGUCACAAAUGAGUUUGUCCAUAUCAACAACUUAAAACUCAUCUGCAGAGCACACCAACUAGUGCACGAAGGCUAUAAAUUUAUGUUUGAUGAGAAGCUGGUAACAGUAUGGUCAGCUCCUAAUUACUGCUAUCGUUGUGGAAAUAUUGCUUCGAUCAUGGUCUUCAAAGAUGUAAAUACAAGAGAACCAAAGUUAUUCCGGGCAGUUCCAGAUUCAGAACGUGUUAUUCCUCCCAGAACGACGACGCCGUAUUUCCUUUGAGGCCUUCGCCCAUCCUGCUGACCCAUUUUUCUGCCCUCUUCUUACCCCAACUCUCGUGUAUUACCCUCUUCAAUAUACUUUUUAUCAAGCACUUUGCUGCUGAAAUGCUGCCUCUUGCCUUUUUUUUUUAAUUUUAAAUUAUCUAAAUUUAUUGUUUGUUACGGUGUCUAUAGCAAUGUUUUUCUAUCAAUUUUCUCCCCCAUCCCAUCCCCACCUUGGACUCAUUUGAAAAGACUUGAGAAAUGUCUUAAUACUCACACUGCUGCAUGUAGCUCUUGCUUAUUUACUGGUCUGGGGGAAACAGGAUGUGUUUCCUCUUUUUAAAAAGCCAAUUGACAGAACAGACUACACCGAAAUGCUCCUCCUUUUGUAUCAUUCAGCCUUUUGUUUUAGUUUGGUAAGUUUUAAGAAAUUUCAGCAGCAAAGUUGUUAUUCAGUGGGCACGAUGGACUGCAGAUGCCUCGAGUUAUGUAUACCUGUCCCAGAUGUAAACGUCAUUGUCCUUUGUUGGAUGAUAUUUUAAGUGGAUAUAAAAUAAAUUGGUCUAAAGGGCUGCCCUCCUUGUUGUGUUUUUAAAUUUUAGUUAAAACUGCUACAGCAUAUGACUUUGUACAGUAAGAUAAUUGUAUUGAUCUUUUUUCAGAUUCCUUGUAUUUUUUAAUAAAGUACUCUUAAAUAAAACCCAGAUAGGUUAAAGUGUUAGAAAUUUUAAACAGCUUACAUUGUUAGUUUAAAGUUAUUCUUUUUCCCCCCCUCCUAAUCAGAGUUCUUGACCCUUUGGUUAUUGAGUUUAAAACUUCAACCGAAAUUCAAUACUAUUUAUUUAAAAAAAAAAAAAAUCACUAAACUGUGCCUAAAGAACAUAACUGCCAUAUUAAUGUUUUGGUUUAUAUUCUCUAGAGUAAUAGAAAAACAUUUAAUACUUGUAAUGCUGAUGUGUUCAUUUGAUACCAGUUGAGUAGAAUGUGAUCGAUCCAGUUUACAAUCUAUCAUGAGUAUCAUUAAGUAAAAUCUGUGUACUUUUCGAUGGGAAUCAUUCUUCUCUUGUUGUAACACUUGACCUUAACUUUUAGAAAGUGUUCAUUUUUUAACUGCAACUGGAAAGGUUGAAAAGUCAGGACUCUUGUAUUUGUGAACUGUAAUUGGAAGCAAAAUUUAAAAAAGUGUAGGAAGAAACAAAUUGUCCUUUUUUUGUAAAGGUCUGUGAUACCAUGUUUCGGCUUUGUGUAAGUAAUUUGAAUAUCCAAAGGGUGUGAUGAUCGGUUCUUUAUAUGCAACUGUCCACUUAAUAAGGACAAGUGUUCCAGUGUCUCUUAUGACUCUGGUCAUAAGUGAUGUGGGAAUUUACUAUUUUGUGAAAUAGUUGGUAUCCCUUAACUACUAUAAUUAAUUUUUGUCAUUCCAGGAAAUCUUUGUGAAGCCAGCCAGUUAAUAAAGCACUUUAGUAUCUGUUCAGGUAGUUUUGAAAACCAACUUUUCCCCUUCAGGAUAAGAACUUCCAGGUUACCUAAAAAUGCAAUAAAAAAUCUUUAUAGUC